UAUGAGCAGAUGAAUCAACGGGAAAGGGAAUGGCCGAAGUCAACUCAUUUUUCUCCGUUCGAUUUUAGUUUUACUGCGAGACGAAAUACGUUUAAAGACUUUUUGUACUCUUAUAUACAUGUGGAUCACAUAGAACAACUAAACUAAAGAAGAAUCCGAAGUUAUAUACCGUGAAAUGAAGACCGCAACCCAGAUAAGCGCCAGAGCCAGCUGUUUGUUGACAAUGACAUACGUCACUUUGGUGCUAAGUGUGCGAGCGGGGGUUGGUAUGCCAACAACAAUUCCCCAAUUAGUGAACAACCAAGUAGAACACACACUGUUGGGUAUGAGUACUUCCACUGUAAGCUACGGCCCAAUACCACCAAUACAAGACACAGGAACAUCUGCUGAAGCUCUUACACUUCAAACAGAGCCCAGUUCUUAUAAUUACCAAGCUGAAUUCCACAAACUGGUAGGAGCAAUCAAUUCCUUGGUUAGAAAUGCUACUGACUGGAUUAAAUCUGCCUCACAGCAGCUAUACCAGUGGGGCAUUAGUAGUGAAAAGAAAGUGGCUUGGAAAUAUGUGUUGCCAGUGGACAGUAUUUCCAGAAAAACAUUUAAACUUGUAAGGAAUGAGCCUUUACCACUGAAAUUUAGAGGAUUUGGUUUGCUUACAGAAACUUCUAACAGCCCAGACAACCAGAUAAUGAGCACCAGACUUGGCGUGGGCACUUCCACAAUGAAUUAUGGCUUUGCAUCUGAAAGUGCCCAUGGGGAUGAUUUGUCUCUUGAUGAGAUAGUUGGUGCGUUUAAAGAAGAGAUCCAAAAACUGGUAGGAGACAUUGAUUCUUAUGUAAAAAAUUUCACAAUCUGGAUAAAAACAGGUGCACAAAACUUUUCCUAUUGGGCUUCACAGGAGAGUGCUAAACCACUCAAUGGCACAGUAAGGAAAAGAGUGAAAAAACAUGCUUUGGCAUUACCUAAACCAACUACACCUCCUGUCUGGAAGAGGGUAAGGCUUCCCAGGUUGACUGAAACAUCUGUAGUUGAGGAGAUCAAAAUGCCACCAGUAGCACCUAGAGUUUUGAUGCCUCCAAAGAUUGGGAUGGCAGUGGAUAGCCGACUGCUUGGUUCUGCUCAUCUUUAUGUUCCACCUCCAUCCUUUGUAUCAUAUAGUUACAAGAUCCAUUUAAUACUGGGUGUUGUUGUGGUGUUUUUUAUCUCCUGUUUUGCAGCUCUUUUUGUUGGGAGGAAGGGAAAAUCCAAGAUCAUCCCUGGCCCAUAUGUGUUGGAUGGCUUUUAUGCAUACAUUAUAACAUUGAGGACAAGUUUUAAACGACAUGCUGGGACUAAUGGUAAAAUUAAGAUACAACUGUUUUCUAACAGUUCAUCAUCACCAGAAUAUGUAUUGCCAAGGAGCAAAAAGAAGGUUCUUUCUCGUGGAAAGGAGGCUAUGCUCCUUGUUUACACCAAAGCUCCCCUUGGAGAACUUACACAUGUCCUUGUAACUUUGAAUGGAUAUGGUGUUAAGGCAAAAUGGCAUUUGACUGAUCUGACUGUGUCUGACCCUUGGGCUGACAGAGAGUGGUAUUUUGCUAAUGAUAAGUGGCUAAAACCCAAGCAUAAUGGUGCUGCUCAAACCCAUACCCUUCCUUUAACUGAUGUUAGCAAUGCUUACAACUUAAUGUGGAGUAAUCUGCAUAGGAUAGUCAUGAGGUACCACACAUGGAUUUAUCCUGUGUUUGGUGGUGGGCAAGAGCAUGCUGAGGUGCUUUCCAGACCAGCCACUGUUUUGCUCCUCUUUUCAACUGUUGGAAACUUCCUUCUUGGAAAUGUACUGAUGGAGACAGCACUCAAGACAGUUGGCAGUCACCAAGUUGCCUUACAUUUCUCAGCCAAUACUCUCCUCAUCACAUUUGUUGUGAAUGCUGCCAUCUGUGUUGCCAAUUGUGUCUGUGAAAUAUUCCUUGGAAAUAUAAAAUCAAAGAAAUUGUGCACUGACAUUUGUGAUAGAGUAUCCGCAUUUCAAGCGCAUCAAGAAAAACCACGAGCAACAGAAAAGAAUCAUUUGCAAGCCAAAGAUAGCAGCAUAGAUCUUGCACACAGCAACUUUUAUGAUAAUAAACUACUAUUCUCUCAAGAUAAUGCUGGAUGCUAUGUACUUCAUGAGGAUGAGGAAAAUUUAGAGAGAAUCCCAAGCACCAAAUCCCUAUGCAACAUUGCAAGAGAGAGCACCCAAGCUAGCAGUGGGAAACGUCGUUACACCAUGUUUGCAACUACACAUGCUCUCAAGUUGUCCAAAACAGAAAUGAUAAGGAAGAAGCUCAACUUACAACGCUUGAGCCGAAUUGAUGUAGAAACAUCUGAUUUGCCAUUGCAAAGAUCCAAAUCAGACACUGCUGUAAGGCGACAUUGUCUCCUCUGCCAGAAGGUAAUGGAAGAUCCAUAUCCCAUCCACUGGUAUUGCAAAUAUCAGAAGGCUGUACAGCUAGGAUGGGCAUCAGCUCCUGCUAAUGGCCCAGAAGCCACUGUUUACGACACAGCUGAUGCUCUAUGUGAUUACAUGGGUGUACCAAGGUUGGCAAAGAAGAAUAAAAUUGAGCCCAAUGAUCAUGUAGAUGAGGACCACCAAGAUGCUUACUUUCCUGAUGUAAAACUGACAGACCUACCUCAACAAGAACAACAAAUUUGGAUCAGCAAGCUCCUUCAGAUCAAUCCCUUGUGGGCAGCAAAAAUCAGCUCAUUGGAGGCAGGUAAAGGAGAGCCUGCAAGCAUUAAUACGACUACAGAGGAAAUGCCGUGUGAGAUGCAGUUGCCAGCAACAAAUAUGAAAUCAGAGCUAGCAACAGCAAUUUUAUCUUUGACAAUAUUUAAGGCCCCAAGCACAGAAAGGGAAAUUAACCCAGAAGACAACGUUAACGUGGAGAUAAGCUUGACCUUGGGGAACACUGAGAAGAGAGCUGCUGAGUUCCUGAAUGAGUUAAUUGGUGACAUGGUCAAUAUGCUAAUAAAAGGCAAGACCUCUGCAGAAGACAGGGUUCUAGGGUGGCAAACAAAAGUAUUUGAGUUCAUGACAACUUACCAGAAGGUCCACCUUCAGAAUAAGAGAAAAUCUACAGAAGAGGGAGGUGAAGGCAAAGACAUGCCCCAGAACGAAGAACCAGAUAAGCAUGCACCAAAGCUGUCUCUUACUGAGAAGCGGAACAGAUCUGUGUUUGACACAAAGGGAUUUGAUACUGUUGUAAGAAGAUUGAGUCAGGAAAUGACAAUGAAGACCAUUACAGAAGACCUAUCUGAUCAUGAAAAUGAAUGGGAGGAUGAUUUGAGUGGCAGGCUGCAACUGAAUAUAACUGGAGAGUACAUAAGACAGAAGGACAUCAAGACACGUAUAGAGGCAGUUGCGCAAACUGGUGAGUCACUUUUUGCCCUGGACUGGCAGCCUGUGGAGGAAAAGCUUGACAAUGUCUGUGAGCCACAGAGUGUCAUGCAACAGAUUGGAUUGCACACUGGAAAACUUGCUCCAGAUCUCAAACCUCUGCAGAGGAAAUCUGGCUAUGUGUGUGGCCGUAGUCUCACACACCUGUCUGCAUCAGCGUCUGUGAACCACCUCAAAGAAGUUGUUCCAAUGAUGCAAGCAAUGUCAAAGACAAGACAAAAUGCAUCUCUGGCAAACUUGACAGCAUCAGAAGAUACAACUCAGAGUAAUGUUCAGAAUAUGGUUGCUGGCACCAGACCUCAUUUAUUGUUAGGUGAAUUGAUGUCCAAAAUAAUAGCUAAUGACCCAGAUGUUGGUUUGAAUGUUUUCAAGAUGCUUCCAAUCAUACCAGUUGACAUUACAGCUGAGUCAUUGAAGGAUUUGGCCCAAGGUACCGCCCAUGGUCUUUUAGCAUCAUUUGAAGAUAUGUGUGACAUUGCCACUGAAGUCAGCCAGAUGGCAAUGGAAGAGUUUUCAAAUAAAUUGGUUGAGAGUCUUCUGCAGGUGAUCUCCACCAAGUUGGAUGCUGACAAACAGUGUAGUCAGAGCCCUUCCACAUGCCUGAUGACAAAUGAAGAGACUGAGAGCCAACAACCAGGACAAUGCUUUCACCAUGACAUUCCAUCAACACAUACAAUCAUUGGUCAGGUGCAGCAGCUAAUGGAGAAAGAAAUGAUUGAGAUCAGAAAUGACGAGAAUCAAAUGAUAACAGAGGCGUUUACCUACCAUUACCUGGAUGCACUGAUUUUUAAUGCCAUCAUUAGAGCUCAGUAUGCCAUUUUACACCAAAGCGAUAGGGAAAUUCAGGAUCAAGAGUGCCAGGAUAAAGAACAAGCUAUUAAAUUUGCCCAGGAUCUUCUGCAUAAGGAUGUCGAUGCAUUUUAUAAUGACAACUGGGAAGCAUGCAAGCAGACAGUCCAGCUAGGCCUCUUGGCUCUUAACAAACAGGGGGAUGUGUUUGUAAAGGAACAAGAAUUAAAGGAAUCAAUCCUGGAUAAUGCUAAGACAAUCGCCCAAAAUGUUGCUGCUCUUGUGAUGAAGAAAGCCAUCCAGGAAGUCAAACUGAAGACAGCAUCAGAAGCAAUUCUCCAGGAAGUGCUAUCAAAUGCUGCCUUGGUGUUGGAGAAUGCAAAUGCAGCUUCCAGACAAGAACUUCCCAGAGUGGUGUCUGCAGAUCUGGUGCAAAUCAAAGAUGAUAAAGAACAGGUUGUACAAAUGCAAGAGUUACCUAUCAAAGAACAUGAGCCUCCGAAUGAGAAUGUGACACCAGCCUCUUCAAAUGAGUCAGUUGUUUCCUCCGUUGGAUUGGGGGAUAUCAUGACAGUUCGUGAAGAGCUCAAAGAUUGCAGAAACUUGCUUAAUGGUUUUAGAGAUGUUGACCUCAUGUCUUCAGAGAACAGAAGACUCCUUAAUCUACCGAAGGCAAGCAGAAGCCUUGACUCUGUAGUCAGAUCCCUGUCAGAGGCUAACAAGGCCAUGCCGUGCAAGAAAUUAAACACAUCUUUGCCACAGGUAGAUCGCUUUGAGGAAAUCCACAGAAACAAAGCUUUCUUAUCUACCUGUGAAAUUGCUCCUUCCUUGCCAUCAGGAUCCAAAGAUGUGGUUAUUGACAUUAAGAUGAAACAAGAAGACGUUGCACUCGAUGUCAUUAUUGAUGUAGAAGAAGAUGAUGGAAAUCGGAUUUCAGAACAGCCAACUGAAGAACAAAGACCUUUAAACGAUAUGGAACUCCUACAUGUAGAGAUGAUGGUAAAGGGAGAAUUUAAGAAACUACUUCCACACUGGGUGAAAUACAUCAUCUUUGCACUUUUGAUUUGUUCCAUUGCCGUGUCAUUAUUUUUCACUGACAUUUAUGCCAUGUCAUUUGAAGAUGAAAAUCUCAACCACUGGCUGCUACUGGUUGGUUUGGCCAUGCUGGAGGAUUUCAUCGUUUUCCAACCAGUCAAAUGCUUGUUUAUUCACUUUUACUUCAUGGUGUUCCCACAGCACAGAAAUGUGAUCAACAACCCAGUCUAACUGUAUUACCUUGAUUGGAUCAAUUAUGUAUCUUAAUGUGAAAAACAAUACAUACCGUACAAAGGAAUAUGACUGACUUUGAUGCGACUUCCUUAUUAUUUGGAACAAUCAACCAAAAACAAUAGAAUAUUUAAACUAAGAUGUAUGAAAUGGGUUCCUUUAAUUGCAAACUUUAUCGAAAAAAAUUUUCGAUUUCUCACUAUAGUUCAGUUUUUUAAUUCAGCAUCCCAUGAACACUGCUGUUGAUUUUGACUUUCAAAAAAAAGCUUUAUAUUUCAUGUUUUGACUGCCAUUAUCAGGUUCUAUUCUGCAGAAAAAAACUUCAUAAUUAUGCAAAACAAUUCAAACCUUUCAUUUGGCUAUAAUGUGUAAUAAUAAAGGCUUUAGCAUUCUUUUUUUUUUUUUUUCAUCUUUUUUACUUUUCUUUCUAUGCCAUGUGUACCUUUCAUUGAAAGACAAUUGCCAAAACAAUUCUGUCAAGAGUUUAGUGCCCUAUUUUGGAAGUUAUAUAUAAAAGGUAAUGAUUAAAGCUUGGUAUACAUAUACAAAGACAAGUUUUCUAAAAAAUCUUACACAAUGAUUGUUGCCUUU